AGCGAAGACCGGAGCCGCGAGCGCCACCAGGGCAGCAGCCGCCGCAGCCGCCGCCGCUGGACUGAGGAGCCGGAGACGCGGGCGGACGAGGUGGCGGCGGCGGCGGAGCAGGAGCGGGCAUCGGGCGCGGGCAGAGCGUGUUGGCGCGGGCUUCCUUAUCUUACUGUGGUGGAGCUUGUGAAGCAGCUGGGGAAGUUGGUUGUGGGACAUCCAUAGUUGUGCAUGUGUAUUCCAGACUUCAGACCUCUUUGCUAUAUUGACACUGAGCUAUCAAGGGACUCAGGCUUAUGAGGAGGUACUGUCACACAAAACAGUGUCUAGUGAAGACGACAAGAAAGAGGGGAAAGGAUCGGAAGAAAAAGCAAAGAUACCAUAGAAAACCAUGAGAUCUAUUCGAUCUUUUGCCAAUGAUGAUCGCCAUGUUAUGGUGAAGCAUUCAACAAUCUAUCCGUCUCCAGAAGAACUUGAAGCGGUUCAGAAUAUGGUGUCUACUGUUGAAUGUGCUCUUAAACAUGUCUCAGAUUGGCUGGAUGAAACAAAUAAAGGCACAAAAAUAGAGGGUGAAACAGAAGUGAAGAAAGAUGAGGCCGUAGAAAACUAUUCCAAGGAUCAAGGUGGUCGGACAUUGUGUGGUGUAAUGAGGAUUGGCUUGGUCGCAAAGGGCUUGCUGAUUAAAGAUGAUAUGGACUUGGAGCUGGUUUUAAUGUGCAAAGACAAACCCACAGAGACCCUGUUAAACACAGUCAAAGAGAAUCUUCCUAUUCAGAUUCAGAAGCUCACAGAAGAGAAAUACCAAGUGGAGCAAUGUGUAAAUGAGGCCUCUAUUAUAAUUCGGAACACAAAAGAGCCCACACUAACUUUGAAGGUGAUACUUACUUCCCCCCUCAUUAGGGAUGAAUGGGAGAAGAAGGAUGGAGAAAAUGUUGCGAUGAAAGAUCCUCCGGACUUACUGGACAGGCAGAAAUGCCUGAACGCCUUGGCAUCUCUUCGACAUGCUAAAUGGUUUCAGGCAAGGGCAAAUGGAUUAAAAUCAUGUGUAAUUGUCCUCCGCAUUCUCCGUGAUUUGUGCAACAGAGUUCCCACAUGGGCACCGCUAAAAGGAUGGCCACUAGAGCUUAUAUGUGAAAAGUCUAUAGGUACUUGUAAUAGACCUUUGGGCGCUGGGGAGGCCUUGAGACGAGUAAUGGAGUGUUUGGCAUCUGGAAUACUACUUCCUGGGGGUCCUGGUCUUCAUGAUCCUUGUGAGCGAGACCCGACAGAUGCUCUGAGCUAUAUGACCAUUCAGCAGAAGGAAGAUAUUACCCACAGUGCACAGCAUGCACUCAGACUAUCAGCCUUUGGCCAGAUUUAUAAAGUGCUGGAGAUGGAUCCCCUUCCAUCAAGUAAGCCUUUUCAGAAGUAUUCCUGGUCAGUUACUGAUAAAGAAGGUGCUGGGUCUUCAGCUCUGAAGAGGCCAUUUGAAGAUGGAUUGGGGGAUGAUAAAGAUCCCAAUAAGAAGAUGAAACGAAAUUUAAGGAAAAUUCUGGACAGUAAAGCAAUAGACCUUAUGAAUGCACUAAUGAGGCUAAACCAGAUCAGGCCUGGGCUUCAGUAUAAGCUUUUGUCUCAGUCUGGACCUGUCCAUGCCCCAGUCUUCACAAUGUCUGUCGAUGUGGAUGGCACAACAUAUGAAGCCUCAGGACCAUCCAAGAAAACAGCAAAACUUCAUGUAGCAGUGAAGGUAUUACAGGCAAUGGGAUACCCAACAGGCUUUGAUGCAGAUAUUGAAUGUAUGAGUUCGGAUGAAAAAUCAGAUAAUGAAAGUAAAAAUGAAACAGUGUCUUCAAACUCAAGCAAUAAUACUGGAAAUUCUGCAACUGAAACCUCCAGUACCUUAGAGGUAAGAACUCAGGGCCCCAUCCUCACAGCAAGUGGCAAAAAUCCUGUCAUGGAGCUCAAUGAAAAAAGAAGAGGUCUCAAGUACGAACUCAUCUCAGAGACGGGUGGAAGCCACGACAAGCGCUUUGUGAUGGAGGUGGAAGUCGAUGGACAGAAGUUCAGAGGUGCAGGUCCAAAUAAGAAAGUGGCAAAAGCAAGUGCAGCUCUCGCUGCCCUGGAGAAACUCUUUUCUGGACCUAAUGCAGCAAACAAUAAGAAAAAGAAGAUUAUCCCUCAGGCGAAGGGUGUUGUGAAUACCGCCGUGUCUGCCGCAGUCCAGGCUGUUCGGGGCAGAGGAAGAGGAGCUCUAACAAGGGGAGCUUUCGUUGGGGCCACUGCUGCUCCUGGCUACAUAGCUCCAGGCUAUGGAACGCCAUAUGGUUACAGCACAGCUGCCCCUGCCUAUGGUUAAUACUUUUAAGCAGUUUUCAGCACGUUUAUCUCACUUUAUUCUCGUUCUCCUCGGACCUUCGUAGCCAUAUCACUUGUGUAAAGUAGGCUGAGGCAUAGUGACUGUAAGCUGUGACCUCAGUGUGCGAAGGUAAGCUCUUUUAUUUUCUGAUUAAAGAGAAAAAUAAUCAGCUAGCACAACAUGCAUAUAUGACAAUCAUAUAUGAUGUGUUUGAUCUCCUAGGUCUUAUGUCAUCACAUUACCUUAAAAAAUUUGAUGGUGUAAAUGUGAAAUUGUUAUUUUCAGUAUUUGCUUUACUACCUUUGUAACUGCUUUUUAGUCCAGAGAGUGAUUUCACUUUCCUCGAGUUAAAUGUGUGUACAUGUGUAGAAACUCAGGGUGCGAUGUGUAUGUAAGUUACACACAUGCACCUGUUUGAAUACGAACGAGAAUUCAGUGGUAGACCAGUUCUCCUAAGAUACAUUGAAUGCCAGGGCACUCUUGUCCAAAGCACUGGAGUUGCAUACGUAACAAGAUUGGUGACAGUGCUGGAAGGAUCCAUGUAAGUAGUGAUUGUACAAGCUGAGGAUCAAGUGCCAAUUUCUCAAGGAGAGAAGCUUCUCUGAGAAAUGAAAAUCUCUGAUCUGUGUUGUAUGUCCCAAUACAACGACAGCAAGAAGCCAUAAAAAAAAAGCAAUAGAAAAUGAAAAAAAAAACCAAAAUAUUAAGGUAACUAUGGAAAAACACGUGAUUGACUGAGAUGAGCUGAUUCUCUGUAGGACACACUUCAGCAAGACUCAGAGUGCUGCAUACUGAGUCUGCACAGACCAGAUAGACUGAGCAGUCCCGCUGCCUCCCCUAGGCCGCAGCCAGGGCCUCUCCCUCUCAACUCCCUCUCACUCGGCGGUCAGCAGUUCCUGGGAGGGUAGGCCGACCAUUUUAACAAGGAUUGACUUCAUUUCAUGUGUCGCAUAGAUGCACCUUCUUAUGUAUCAGAUGUUCUGUGCUGAGGUCUGUGAACACACACGGAGAUUAAAGUGAAUUUUCAUGUUUUGUA